UGACAGUGUGGAGGCCGGCAGUAACGGCGGUGGUGAUGGCGGUGGUAUCCAGACGCAUGAACAACAGGAGGGCGGCAGCACCAGCAGCAGCACCACCACCACCACCACCAGCAGCAGCACCAGCAGCAGCAGGAGUGGCACGCAAGGACGUCAAAGCACGCGAGGGCGCAGGAGUAAGAAGAGCAGCGAAAACAAUGGCAACGACAACGGCAACAGUUGUGAUUUCACCAUCAGCAAUACCCCAAACAUGAUUCCAACCAUGUCAGACCAAUUCGCACACCUGCUGUCUCGGCAGCUCCAAAACCGUGAUCGCGCUUUGGCGGCGCUCCGAGCCGUACGACCGGCCGAACUGUACGGCAUCUGGCAGCUUGCCGUACAACUGCUGGUUGUCGUACGGCUGAGGAUGCGGCAGGCAGUAGACAGGGAGGUUUCCGCCGCUUCAGCUGCUGCUACAAGAGCAGCAGCUGAAGCGGAGGUGGACGACAACGUGCUGUCGUGCUUUGGCGGCUCCGACGCCGUGCGGGCUUUACAGACCUUCGUUGACCUAUCUCGGGAGGCGCUGUUGGAGGCGACCCAUGGGUCAUCGUCAACCCCAGCGCCGCCCUGGUCGUCGCUAGCAGCCAUGACGCCCACUCCAGCGCAGUCUCCCUCGCCUUAUCGACAACAACCUCAGCAGCCCCAACCCCAACAACAGCAAGCUCAGCAAGUCCAACCGCAGCAGCAACCCCAACAGCAGCGGCACCGACCGCCCCCUGCC